AUGUCGAAUAUUACACAAUGUAAAGAUUUAAGUGAACGAGUUGAUCUAUGUGAAGCAUUACGUAUGUAUUUAAAACCCAUAGCACGUAUUAAUAUAAGUGUACCGAUUCCACCAACAAUGCGUGUUGCUGGUUCCACAAUGUCAACAUGGGAAAUAAUGGAUAAAAUACGUGAAUUAAUUUUACCAGAUGAUUUUGUUUUUUUACGUUUAUUAAAAAGUGCUGGUGAAUUAUAUCGUUUUGAAGGUGAAUUAGAAUCAAAAUCAAUAGCACGUAGUUGUUUAACACGUUUGGAUAAUACACUUAUUCGAAUGGAAUCAACAGGACAUGAAUUUCGUUUACGUGCAGCUGAUGCAAAAUUACCAUAUCCAACAAGAACAGAAUGGGAAACAUUUUUUCGUGAAAGUAAAAGUAUGAAUGAAACAAAGCCAGGUGAGCGUGCAGAUACAAUUCAUAUUGAAGGUUUACCAAUACGAUGGUUUCAGGCAAAACAAACUCCAAUGCAAGCUGUUCAAGUUGCUGCAGCAGCUAUUGGUCCCAGUGGUCUACCUUCAACAUCAACAACUGCUACUAUUGAUGAUAAAGAAAAUAAACCAUCACUUGAAAUACUUCAACAAGUAUUUUCAACAUUUGGUGAAAUACGUUGUUGUGAUAUUCCAUAUCUUGACCCAUUUCGUGGACCAAAUAGUUCGUUAGGCACGAGUGUUCCAUCAGCACAAGAUACAACAUUUGAUGCUUAUGUACAAUAUAGUGAAUAUAUUGGAUUUGUUAAAGCAAUGGAUGCAUGUCGAAAUAUGAAAUUAAUGUUAAUUGAUGAUACAAAUACUGCUCAUACAGCAAAUAUUAAAGUUGAUUUUGAUCGAACAAGACAUUUAUCUGAUCGAAUGAUUAAAAAACGUCGUAUUGAACAAAUGAAAGCAAUGGAAUUAAAUAAAUUAAAACACGCUGAAGCUCAACGACUUAAAGAUGAAGAUGAACGUCGAAAAGAAAUUGAACGAUUAAGAAUUGAAUUACAAGAUGCUGAAGCUGAUGAUUUAACAGGAAGUAAAGAUAUAACUAAAGAUAGUCGACGUCGACAACGAGAAGAAAAACGUCGAGUAAAACGUUUAGAACGUAAACGUCAACAUGAAGAAAAAACUUUAGCAAUGAAAAUAGCAUUAGAAGAACGAAAAAUGUUAAUUGCUCAUCGAAAAUUAGAAUCAAUGAGAUUACUUGAAGAAUUAUUUAAUCGUGUUAAAGUACAAAUAGCUCAACAAGAAUUAAAUAAAAAAGAACGUGAACUUCAAGAAGAACGUUUACGUGGUAUGGAUAUUGAAACAGCAAAUGCAAGUAAUUCAACAACAUUUAUGCCUACUCAAUUAUUACCACAGACAACAACAAAAGAAUAUAAACCAUUAAAUACUACUAGUAAUAAUAAAGAAAUAAUUGAAGCACAAUUAAAUGAAUUACGUAAAGAAUUUUAUCAAAAAGAUGAAACAAUUGAUGAUAUUCUAAGAAAGCGAACAACAAUUAUUGAUCGAAAAGUUUUUUAA